GUAGUUUCCGGUGUUUUCGGUGGUAACUCCCGCUAGCUUGUCGCAGAUGGAGUGAUCGGUCCCCCCGCAGCAUCCAGCGCUCAGACCGGUCGGUGAGCCGCUGAGUGGAGGUGCAGAGCAGCCGUCUCUCUCUACGACUUUCAGCUUUUUUGACUUUGUUUACCGCGUCGCAGGUUGAAGGGUGGCUCGGCGGGACCUUUGGGUGAUCUGUGGACAUAUAACCGGAGGGAUUUAGCCGUUGGAGAGCACAGAGGAGGUUUGGAGGAUGAACCCUCAGUGUGCCCGCUGUGGGAAGAUCGUCUACCCGACGGAGAAAGUCAGCUGCCUGGACAAGAACUGGCAUAAAGGAUGUUUCCACUGCGAGGUUUGCAAGAUGACCCUGAACAUGAAGAACUACAAAGGUUAUGACAAGAAACCCUACUGCAACGCACAUUAUCCCAAGACGUCGUUCACCAUCGUGGCCGACACGCCGGAGAACCUGAGACUGAGACAGCAGAGCGAGCUACAGAGCCAGGUGAAGUAUAAGAAGGACUUCGAGGAGAGCAAAGGUCGAGGGUUCAGCAUCGUGUCCGAUACUCCAGAGAUGCAAAGACUCAGAAGGACUCAGGAGCAGAUCAGUAUCGCGAAGUACCACGAGGACUUUGAGCGGGCGCGCGGCCGAGGUUCUACACCGGGAUUGGACGACCCCAGCAUGGAGCGCUACCAGCGAGCCAAUCACAUGAUGGGAGAGGCGGGAUACAGCAAAGGGAUGCACCCGCAGGGGAUGGAGAUGGACAGACGACCCGGAGGCAUCAUCGUAGACCUGAAGGUGUGGAGAUCAGAUCCGGGCUCCAUCUUUGACUGUGACCCUCUAGAGGACAACAUCCAGUCCAAGAGCCUCCGCAGGAUGUCUGCUCCCGUCCUCCCCGGAGCGUACCAUCAGGGCGUCCAGAUGCAGCCGCAGCAGCAGUAUCACGGCUACAUGCACCAGACCAGCAUGUCGUCCGUCAGAUCCGUCACCUCCACCCCGUCAGCCACCAUGCGUGUUUACCGGGCGCUGUACGACUACGCGGCGCAGGAUCACGACGAGGUCUCGUUCCGGGACGGCGACGUCAUCAUCAACGCUCAGCCCAUCGACGAGGGCUGGAUGUACGGCACCGUGCAGAGAACCGGCAAGUCCGGCAUGCUGCCGGCAAACUACGUGGAGUGCUGCAACUAAGAGGAGAGAGAGAGAGAGAGAGAGAGAGAGAGAGAGAGAGGUGAAAUAUAAAAGAGAGAAAAUCCACCUUCACUGUUAUAAAAUCAGCGGUCAGUGAUGUACUUUGCAUUUCCGGUGUCUUUUGGUGUGUUUUUUUUUUGGUGUUUCUUCUUCCUGUGGAAACUGACCAACAUUUCCAGCUGCUCCAGUGAUUCAAAACUUUAACAGUAAAUAUCAAGUUUUGGUGCCAAGUUAUUGCAACAAUCAUACUCAGAGCAGUUUCUAUAUCCACAGGAGCAGGAAAUAGAGGGUUCAGGGUUCGGUCUAAUUAAAGGAGGAAACACUAGAUGUGAUUGAAGAUGAAUUAUAUUCAUUAUUUCUGCCCGUUUUCCCACUUUAAUGAUC